AUGCUAAUAGCCAUCAAAGACAGAAAACAAGCCUGCCAACACUGCUCAUCAACAGCACACUGGACCAACCAAUGCCAUAUCCUCAACCCAGAAGCAACACCCAAGAAUCAACCUUCAUCACAACCGGAAGCACCACCUACUCCACAAUCCUCUAAGCCCAGCAGUCUUCAGAACUCCCCAAUCAAGGACGCACAAGCAAGCCCCAAAACGUCGCCCAAAAAACAGCCCCCAGUUCAAAAUCUAGCGCCACCCAUCCAGCCAGCACCCACAUCGACCAGCGAGCAAGCAAUGCCACCCUCCCAACCAUCACCUACAUCAUGCAGUAAGCAAGCAGCAACACUCGCCCAGCCAAUAACAUCUCCAAGUAGCCAACAAACAGAAUUCAAGAAACCAACUAACCCACCCAAACCGCCAAGCUUAUCAACAACCCCAAGCAAACAGGGAAAAACAGUAAACACGGAAUCAGAGAUGUACACCGAAACAGAUUUAAAACGGAAAAAGGAUAGCCCCACAGAGGCAAAAAGUACAAAGAGUAUAAAAACGGAAAAACAACUUCACGGAAAAACACACUGCAGGUUUUGUACCUUACGCUACAAAACAAUUUUAGAGUUGGAAAAGCAUGAAAAAGAAAUGCACGAAAAAACCUUACAGUGUAAGAUAUGCUCAGGGGAGGCCCCCUCAGGUAGAAGGUCCUUCCAUGACGUAUCCAAGCACUAUAGGGAAAACCACCCUAACGAAACAUUGUACACAUGCAGCAUUUGCACCGUGUGCCUCCCACUGCACGCCAUACAGGUACACACAGAAAUUCUUCAUUAG